CAGGGCACCCCUGUGAGAAAUCUUUUUCACGAGGAAAACACGCUGGUAAUAUGAGGUUCGCUUUCGUUCGGAAUUUUUGGCUCCUAUUGUUUGGGAGGAUGUUUAUACCUACGUUAUCUGGCUCAUAAACGGUGAUCUGGGAUCAGUCCGAAGUUUCCGAGACAAUAAGUUUUCCCCACUAAUAUACGGUGUUGACGGUCUGAUGACGUCACUACUACCAUCAGCGCCGUCUGGGAGAGGUUACAUCGUGGCUAGAUCCAUGGCUGGAACACCUAUUCUCCUUAAACUAUAACACGUUGAUUUCGGUCGUUUCAUCCAUUUCAUUUGAGACGACGCGCCGUAAUGUACGCAUCGUAGAGCUGACCCUGAACUUCACAUCGAAAAUUGCCAAGUAGCCACGCAGUCAGGUGGAAAUAUAAUAUCGAACAGUAACAUCAGAGAGCAACUGCAGUACUCUCAAGCUUGAAAAGAAUUCAGCAGCAUGGCAGAUUAUGUGAUAAGUGAUGCAAGUCAGGAUGAGAAAGAUCUGAUCUCAAAAGAUGGCCUUUCAGCAACUCAACUCCUGUCAAGUGGAAACGGAUUAACAUAUAAUGACUUUAUUAUUCUCCCAGGGUACAUAGAUUUCACUGCUAAUGUGGUUGACCUUUCUUCGCCGCUUACCAAGAAGAUCAUCCUAAAAGUACCCCUGGUCUCGUCUCCGAUGGACACGGUUACUGAAUCCGAGAUGGCGAUUGCUAUGGCUCUGUCUGGAGGAAUUGGUAUAAUCCACAACAAUUGCACUGCAGAGUAUCAGGCGAAUGAAGUUCAGAAAGUGAAAAAAUACGAACAUGGAUUUAUUAGAGAUCCGGUUGUCUUAUCGCCGAACCACACUGUUCUCGAUGUUCGCAAUGUGAAAACUAAGCACGGUUUUUGCGGCAUCCCGAUAACAGAGAACGGAAAACUAGGAGGAAGGCUUGUGGGUAUUGUAACAUCUAGGGAUAUUGACUUCCUUGAGGACACAUCGAGCCAACAGAAUCUCAAGCUAGAAAAUGUGAUGACUAGAUUAAACAAUUUGAUAACUGGGGCCUCUGGAGUGACGUUAAAAGAAGCUAAUUCCAUUCUAGAAAAAUCAAAGAAGGGUAAACUCCCAAUAGUGAAUAAUAAAGGCGAACUUGUUGCUCUGAUGGCUAGGACGGACUUGAAAAAAAAUCGAAGCUACCCGAAUGCCAGCAAGGAUGAAAACAAACAGCUCCUGGUUGGUGCAGCAAUUGGAACCCGUGAGGAAGAUAAGAAUAGGCUGCAACUGCUGGCAGCUUCGAAAGUCGAUGUCAUCGUCCUAGACUCGUCUCAAGGGAAUUCUCAGUACCAAAUCAACAUGAUUAAAUACAUCAAGUCCAAGUAUCCAGAGAUGCAAGUAAUCGCAGGUAAUAUUGUCACAAGGAUGCAAGCAAGAAACCUCAUACGAGCUGGGGCAGACGGUCUUAGAGUCGGGAUGGGAUCAGGAUCCAUUUGUAUAACUCAAGAAGUAACAGCAGUUGGUAGGGCUCAGGCCACGGCCGUUUACAGUGUCUCAGAUUACGCUAGAAAUUUCGGAGUCCCUGUGAUAGCUGAUGGUGGUAUACAGACUAUUGGGCACAUAAUCAAAGCGUUGAGUUUGGGUGCGAGUACUGUGAUGAUGGGAUCGCUGCUUGCGGGAACAUCAGAGGCCCCAGGAGAGUAUUUCUUUAGUGAUGGAGUACGUUUGAAGAAAUACAGAGGAAUGGGGUCGCUGGAUGCUAUGAACCAAAAAGAUGCAAGUGGUUCGGCAAUGGAUCGAUAUUUUCAUAAUGAAAUGGAUAAGCUGAAGGUGGCGCAGGGGGUCAGCGGGUCAAUAGUCGACAAGGGUACAGUCCUCAAAUUUUUACCAUACCUUCAAUGUGGCAUUAGGCAUGGAUGCCACGACAUUGGCGCCAAAUCCGUAUCCACCUUGCACCAUAUGAUACACAGUGAGGAGGUUAAAUUUGAAAGGAGAACUCAGUCGGCACAGUUGGAGGGAAAUGUACAUAGCUUAUUUUCAUAUGAAAAGAGAUUGUAUUGAUUUAUUAGUAAUAGCAACUUUGGUUCUCAAAACGAUUAUUGCCUUUUUAAUAUAUGACCAAAUGGUUGAGCGAGCCUGACAAUUAUGUCAAUUAUGAGUCUGCUACUUGUAAAAACGUCAGAGGUUUCAUUGUCAACCAAAAAUGCCUACAGUAACAGACUACGUUUGAAAAAGUUCAAAAAGAUGGAAUCGCUGGACAGUAUAAACUAGGAUGAAGCGAGAUGCUUACAGUGAUGGGUCAAUUCUUUCGGCACAUGAUAUGCUGUGAAUUCUCUCGAAACAGACCCUGCCAAGCCGAAUGGUUGCUGUGUGUGCCAACGUGUAUCCAAUUUUUAUAUGAGCAAAGCAUAAUAGAGAAACACUGCCAACCAAAAGUUCUGUAUGUGUUUUGCAAGGACUGCAUGACUUGGGAGUCCGGAGGACACUGCAAUUCUCAGAAGAAUAAAAAACUUGUGCAUAAGACAACCCAUAGAAUCGUCAGAAGAUAUAAGAAUAUAACAUAAAUCUGAUGAUUGUAUAUUUACGAGUAAGUUUGAGAAUUCAUCUGAGAAUUGCAGUGUCCUCCGGACUCCCAAGUCAUAUAUAUAUAUAUGAUAAUUCGUUUGAAGUUUAUCAUAUACACCUACAUAGUAUAGAUAUAUAUAUAUAUACUAUGUAGGUGUUUAUGAUAAACUUCAAACGAAUUCUGCAUGCCAAAACAGUUUUGAUUUAUAUGUUAUAUGCGCAAUUGGUAGGUCUUUACUACUUUGUUAAAACAUUUUCUGUGUAUUGAUUGUUUAAAAUUGAAUUCCAUAUUAUACAGAAAAUCACGA